UAUUGCCUCUGACUAGUCCCAUGAACGUAGUUUUGUAGCUGUUUUUGAUGCGUUUCCUGUGGAGUGUUUAUAAACAGCUAGUUAGCCCCUGAAGCUAAAACUGGUAGUAUCUACGUGACUUGCAACCAGAGCUGUCAGCGGUGGCAGGCUGGCAUUUGAACGCACAUCGGAACGAUCCAUUGGCUGCUGCUGCAAGCUGCAACAUAAGGCGAAGAAGCUCUAAUGUGACAGCCGACAGACUGAGAGGAAUGGCAGGAGGAACCUUGGGGUGUUACUAGGCUGGCCGUGUGUUGAAGGUUCACAGUGUGGAAAUAAUGUCGUCCAGUAACAGAGAGCUUGUGGAGUUCUUUAUAAGCUACAAGCUGUCUCAGAGGAACUACCCAACCUCACUGCUGAGAUCAGAGGAUGCUGGUGAAAGGACUGAUGGAGACAAGGGCAACUCAGCUGCCAGUAAUGGCUUGCUGGCCAACACUAGGAACAGGUGUGGUCAGCCGGGGACGUCAUUGCCCCCUCGCGAUGGCAGAGAGGCUAUAAAGGCAGCGCUAAGGGACUCUGCUGACGAGUUUGAAUGGCUCUUCACGCAAGCGUUUAGUGACCUUUCCUCACAGCUUGACAUCACUCCUGAAACAGCCUACCACAGCUUUAAGAGUGUGAUGGAUGAGGUGUUCAAGGAUGGCGUCAACUGGGGGCGUAUAGUGGGCCUGUUUGCCUUUGGGGGUGUGCUGUGUGUGGAAUGCGUUGAGAAGAAUAUGAGCGAGCUGGUGUCCCGCAUCGCAGACUGGAUGACCAUGUACCUGGAUGAGCACAUCAGUCUGUGGAUCCAGAGCCAAGGAGGCUGGGACUGCUUUGCUGAGAUUUUUGGGCGGGACGCCGCUGCUGAAGCGAGGCGCUCUCGGGAGUCUCUGAGGAGAUGGCUGCUAGUUGGAGUGGCGCUGCUAACAGGAGUGCUGAUGGGCGUGCUCAUCGCUAAGAAACAGUGAAGGCGCUGCAUCUCGUUCACCGCGGCACGCCCUGUGUAAUGCUACGCCAACAGAAAUACAACUAAAUAGUUCAUGUUUACAAAAAGCCUGGUCUGCUUGUGCACUGACAGAAUGUGGAUUGGCUAAAGCAGUUUGUGGGAGUAUCCUUAAAAUGUAGCUUGGUGAGCUCUUACACUUCUCACCGUGCUUUGUCCUUUGUCUUUUGUUUUGUUUUUUUUAACACACAGCAGAGAGUUUCAGUUGUUAAAGGCUGUUAACUCGCCAGACUGGAAGUGCUUUAAAUGAACCUGAUAAGCUAAGAAACAGUGAAAAAGAUUGAAGUGGUUUGAUGAGACUGCUUAUUUUUAUUUUUUUUCUUUGUGUUUUAUCCAAGGACCAAUUUUUAUUACUUAUAAACUGACAACGGACUGAAAAUAUAAGUUAUAUUUCCAUUUCACUGUGUAAUGCUCAGCUCCUUUUGUUGGCUGUACUGGAGUUUAAGGCAUGCUUCAAAAAAAUAAAUAUAUUU